CAUUAAGACUCCACGGCGUUGAAAACAAUGAUGAUGAACUCAGUGGGCUUGGCUGAGCCCUGCUGGAUAAAUGGGAGUGGCGUUGGCACAGUUAACGCCGGCAGCCAGUGAGCGCAAGAUUUGUAAUCUUUGUCACAGAGCUGCUGUGCCAUUGGCUUCUACAGGGGAAGCUCCAGCCACAGAGUCUGAGAGGCGACUGAAGCUUGGGGAAGGUCCCGGGUCUGACUCUCCACGAUGAGCCGGACUCACAGCCGCCUGCUGCGCAAAGCUGCCGUCUGAUCACCGGUGGCGCAUCUGCAGCCCCGUUUGGUGACAUUUUAUUUUGCUUUUUAACCCUUUUUUUUCUUAGUCGCCGACGCGCCUCUUGAAGGACGAAUGACACCGGCUCACCUCAUGAUUUCAUUCCCCUAAAAGCUCCUGCGAGAGGCACAACAGUUUCCUCAUGGCGUCUCCGCAACAGUCCAGAAUUCAGUCGUAUCUGGAGAGGAAUAAAAUCGGACCCCUGUUUGAGGAGUUGAUGACCAAAUUGAUAACUGAGACUCCAGACCAUCCAAUCCCUUUUCUCAUUGAUCACCUGCAGACCAAGCAAGACAGCCCUGGCAAGCUGCACAGAGCUCUAUCUGGCUCCGCAGCUCUGUGGGCACAGAGCUCCCCGGAAAACAAAAACCCUCGAAGGGAGCACAGCAAUUAUGAGAAGCCGUGGCAAAUUCACCCGAAGAAACCGAAGAAAUCAAAGAGUGACCUGGCUGUUUCGAGUAUCUCUCCACCUUCGCCUGAAUCCAAGUCCUUGCCGCGGUCAAUCGAAUACCCGUCCUGGGAUUGGAGGGAGAGCCGGGACUUUGAUGAGCUCAACCACAUUUUGCAGGAAAGCAAGAAGCUUGGCAAGGCCCUGGAGAGCCUGUCACGCAGCAUUGCCAUCUCUGAUGAGCUUGACCAGAACUUAGGGGGAUAUAACUCAGUUCUUCGCCCUCGGGUGGUGGGGGAAUGGGUUGGUCGGGAGGAAAACGAUGCCGACCCGCUGGCUGCUGAGAUGCUGCAUCCCCCUGUCCCUCGGGCCAAAACUGAAGUGUGCUGGAGUGGAGACAGCAGCCCUGCAGGGAGCCUGAAGAUGGAAACAAAGAGCAAAGGCCUCAAGGAGCAGCAGCAGCAUCAUAAGAAGCUCCUGGCAGCCAUGCUGUCCCAGGACUCCUUCGACUCAGUCAACAGCCCCGCCCACUCUGUCGUGGAAGAAGAGAUUGAGGAUGAGGAUGAUGCCAUGGAGCUUCUGGAGGACCUGGAUGACCUGCGGAUGGAGGGCGUGACCGGACUGGCUCCAUCCGGCAGCAAGUUCAGCCAAGGACGCAGCUCCUAUCAGCCUGAACCGCAGGCCAAAGUUACUCUUAACAUCUGCUCUAGGUGUGCCAGGUUGCAGGGGGACACGCUAUCAGACAGCAGAUCUGAAGAGGAGCACAGGCCUCACGUAUCUGAACAAGCUGUACCCGACAUCUCCUCUCCAUUGCCCGGGGUGGACACAGUGGCGGGACGACUGCAGGAAUGCGAGGCCUUAUCUCAAGUGUCAGCCUCUCGUCAGGCAGUCUGGGAGGCUGAUCUGAAGGCUGUGAGAGGUGGGAGCUCUGUCGGGCAGACGGGCCUGCUACUGGGCGACUCCCUCUUUUCUAAAGAGCUGGAGAACAUGGGCAAGCAGCUCGCUGAGGUUGAAAAGGAUUUGGCCAAGCUGGCAGAAGUAGGCAAAAUGACCUCUCGGAGCACCAACAAUCCGCACAGUAGUCUUCUGCACACUCCUCUACGCCACAGAACGCUACCUGACACGCUCCCUCUCCCCAGCCUCGUCUCCAGGCCCCAGUCUCCAGCCAGCAGCCUCUCGGGUAAAUCUUGUGGUAUAGGCCUCCCUUUGCUAAGCCCCAAGCCCACCUCCUUGGUCAUGGGUCGGACUCAAUCUCCCAGCAACCCCGGGAGCAGGACUCAAACCCCCAGAACACCCAGCAGGCCCCUGACCCCGAAUAGUUUACUGACACGCUCCAACUUCAGCCCCGGGUCUCAUAAAGAGGUGACCUUCAGGCGGUCACGGAGCCGCCCAGUGACGCCCACAAGUCAGCCGACACAUCCCCGACCGCUGCUCACCCCUCCAGGACUAAGCACUACAGAUAGCCUCGGUGCCAGCCUACGGGCCUAUCUGUCUGAGGAUGAGUUUUACCAGCAGUUACAGGCCAUCAGGCAGCCUUGGCAUAUUCCCAGUGACACAGACAGUGACAUCCUGGAGCCUCCUGAACAGGAUAAGAGUGGUUCACGAGAUGCCAACAAGAGAUCUGUGUUUUCAGGCCUAUAGUGAUGAAGACCAGAGACACUGAUCCAAUCAAACUAUUAUGCAAACCACUGGACAUUUUGAAUAUGUGUACACAGACAAUUAUUUUUAUAAUUCAUAUGAAUGAAAAAAACAAGAUUGUAUACUUUUUUCACAGAUAUUUCAUAGACAUUGUACUGUAACUGUACGAUAAAAAAAUGUGAAAAUAUUACUUGAGAGUAUGGAAUAUGCCAUUUAUUUUUGGUUGCUCUAUAGCAUGCGAUUGAACUUCUACACGGAGUCCAGAAAACAGAUGCAUUUUGUUGUUCAUAGACUCUUUUUCUAGGCCUAGUGCAUAGUCACCUUGUGAGGGCAGCACACUCAUGUUAGGCAACUGUUUAUUGACAUGCACUGUUAAAAGAUUUAGUGUUUUUCAGAUAGCAAAUACGCAAGGGAAUACAUGAGGGAAUACAUGGAAUGCUGUUAUCCUAAUUAAAAUGAUUUGGUGCA